AUGGCAACUCCCGAGUUAGCAAUCGCAAAGGCCUCCCUCAGCGCUAUUCUUUUCCGCAAGGAGCCGGUUUCCCUUACCCGGCCUGAGAUCGAGACCUUUCACGCACUUUUCCACGACGUGAUACACCAGUGCUCGCCGACCAACGUUCAGAAAUGUAAGCGUUGGAUCUUAACGAAUUUGGUCCCUUCCCCGGCGCGCGUCGCCGCCCUCGGCAAAUACCUAGCCGCCCUCUCCAACUCCUUUCCCAACGAUGGCGCAGCAGCAAAAACGAAGCCCUCGACACGGAGGAAGCGUCUACAUAUUCUAUAUCUUGUCAACGACGUCCUUUACCAUGCAGUCGUUCGAGACAGAGACGCGCGCUUUGCAACCGACUUGCAGCCUAGCUUAAAACCGCUUUUCCACAGCGCCGCUAGUUUUCGCAACUGCCCUAAGCACAUGAAGAAGUUGGAGGAUUUGCUCGUUCUAUGGGAAGGGCAGAAAUACUUCUCACCGGAUACGAUCGUUGAGCUGCAGGAGACUGUGAAAGAAGCCCCUCACGGCGGCAAGGUGUCCAAGGCUGGAGAGGACCGUGGUGCGCAUGACCGGACAGGGUCAAACUUGGCAGUGAAACCCGCAAAAGACGCCCCUUAUAUGAUCCCGUCGAUGCAUGGCGAUCCCAAUACGCCCUGGUUCGAUCUACCGGCUGCGAACUGGCUACCUCACCUCGAGCCGAACUCAACGAAACCCAUGAACCCCAACAUGAUCAAGCCGCUACAGCUUGCGCCUGGGCCGGCGGAGAAGGCGCUCGCCAAGGCCGUGAAGGAUCUCCUUGCUGAUGUUGAGAAACUCUACUGCAAGUCAGCUCCUUCGCAACAAUCCGAUCAGGAGCAGCCUACGGGCCUCAGCGAGAUGGGCGAGCGUGUUAUUCUCGAUGAGAUCACGGGCGAGGUAAUUGAUGGCGAAACGUACUAUGGCUGGUCGCGCGACUUCUGCAAGAGGAUGAAACAGCGUAAGGACAAGGGCAAAGCAGGCGACGAUGGCGGCCGUGGACGAUCUAGCUCACGCAGCCGAUCCCGCAGCUACUCUCCUGGUCGAUCGAGCAGGUCCGAUUCGCCGCCCACAUUCAAACGACGCAGGCUAUCGCCAGACUCCCACAGCCGAAGCCGCAGCCGCAGCCCGCAGCGCAGGCGGCGUUAUGACUCCCGCGACUAUAGCCGAUCCAGGUCGCGAUCGCCGGAUCGAGAUGAUAGAAGAGAUCGCCGCGAUUCGAGCCGGUCACCGCUUCCACCUCGUGACCGCUUUAAUUCUGACUCCGGUCCGGGUUAUAAUCAGCUACCGCCGCCUCCGCCGCCGCCACCUACUAACCACUCUCCUUCGGCUUUCCCACCGUAUCCUCCUCCCAUUGCGGCCGGUGGCUUCGGGCACUUUCCUCCGCCUCCUCCGCCUCCUCAAGGCUACCAGGGGGCAUGGCCGCCGCCGCCUCCUCCGCCUUCCAUGGGCGGCUACAUGGGCGGCCCUUCACAGAGUUGGGGUCCUCUCCCGCCUGGUGCUGGUGUAUCACCACCGCCACCACCACCAAACAUGGGUGGAUGGGCUCCCCCUCCGCCACCACAGCAGCAUAAUCCUUAUCAGCAGCCGUAUGGACGCGGCAAUGGCGGAUAUAGGGGACGCGGAAGAGGGAGCUAUGAAAGAGGCAGAGGUUGGUGA